CCAGUUCAAGAUGUCGGCGCCCAUGGAUAUUUUUCAGUUUCCACUAGAUUUUGAUUUUCAAUCCUUGCCAAACAAAGACAAUAAGGUGUGUGUUGUUUCAGUCAUUGGCAAAGGUCGACAUAAUCCUUUUGCAUCAAAGGCAUCAGUGUUUAAUCCUGUGUUAGACAAAGAUGUAUUCAAGGGUCUGCUGAAUGUUCCAGAAGAGCUGAUACAGCAGGAUGCAGUAGAGUGUUUCUACGAUGCAGAAAGUCAAGUUGUGCAUUUACACCAUACAUGUAUGUAUGAUACAUACAGGUUAGCCGUACAGUGUCAGAGACUUAUUAAUCAAGAUGUUGAUCAGGACUUUUUUAACAUGUGGCAGAAAGAAGAAUACAGACAUGCUAAAACACUGUUGUGGCUCUUCUCUAUAUCCCAUAUCAUAAUUCUGUCACACCCAGGAUCCUCUUUUGAUGUCAGUUAUGUCAGACUAUUCAGAACUAUAGAUACUAUCAGGUUGAAGCUGCUGCACAGUAUAACAGAACAGCUACAUGGAUUUCCAAUUUCUAAGGACUGGUAUCAUUCCGGGAGACCUUGUUCCCCUAGAGUGCUCUUCAUGUUUGAAUCAACAACAUUGACAAAGAAAACAGAACCAGUUGAUACUGGUGCCAUCAGUAAAAAUAAAACUGCGACCAAAUUUUCAGUUGAAAAGAAGUUAGUUCAUGCAAUUGAAGAUCAGAUCUACAGGAUACUGAGAAAGUCUCGGAUCAUAACAAAUAUUAGUAACAAUUCAUUAUUUGCUGUGCCAGCCAAUCAGGAGUUUGUUUACAUACACACAAAGAAAGAAGAGAUAUCAGAUCCUGUCAGUUUCUAUCUACAACAGUUGAGAAUGAAUAACAGUAUAGAAUCACCAAGAAGUAGAGGUUAUCAAUCCAACAGACAUUCCUCACAGUCAGGGUCAGAAACUAGGUCAUCUUCACUUCCCACAGCUCCUGUACCAGGAAACAGCACAUUUAAAGAGUUUUUGUUUCAGCAUGUUGAACUAGCACUAGGCAGAGGGUUUGAUGAUAAUGUUGGAAGGAACCCAGUCACACCUGUCUUUGAGGUACCAACAUGUGAGUUAUGGUUUAUGAUAGCAAACAGAUUGUAUGAUUUCUUCCUUGGAGAAAGGAUAAAUGCUAAAGCUCAGGCUCACUUCAACACCCUUAAAUCUUUACUGGAAACUGAUAUCAGAUUCUCAGAGAAUCGCUGUAACAAAGUUUUACCUGUAGCUGAAGCUGCUUACCAAGAAGGAUUACCAACACAUUAUGUUACAAACUUCCAUCUGAACAAAUUACAACAGGCACACAGGGUUUUCCAUCAGUUUGCUAGAGGACCUGCUACAGAGAAAUAUUUGGUACAGUUAGAUGAAGCAUGUGAAAAAUUCUGGAAAAAUGGGAGACAACUCUGUGAAGAAAUUAGUGUUACAGGCAAUCAUUGCAUUAAUCCAUUACACAGACUACCAGAUGAACCAGAGUUAGACAGUAACAGACAUUUACCAGUGAUGCCACACACAAACCAGCUAAAGACAAGAGCCGCUUGUAAUUGUGGCAGGAAACAAGCUGACAAAGAUGAUCCAUUUGAUCACAAGGCUGCCAAUUAUGAUUUCUACGCAGGUUUAGAAGAUAGUUGUUGUGGAAAACUUGAACAUGUAGAUUUACCAUCGUUCAAACCUAGCACGGCCGAGGCUAGAGCUGCACAAGUAAAAAAGAUAGAGAGAGCACAUAAAAACUCACAAGGAGACACACCAACAGUCAAAUCUGGAGACCUUGUCUCUGGCAUGGCUAAUCUCAGUCUAGCAUUAAGUUUAGGCCAGUCUGGUGGAAGUGACUAUUCUCAUCACGAGGGUAUCAGUCCAAACAAUUUUGCCACUACGAGUCCUCAUGUAGAGGCUGUAGAGGAGGUAGCUAGUGGUGAUAGCCAUCAGAUUGUGUCUACUAGUCCAACUGAAGAAACGACAGAAAAGUUAGAAAAGGUAGAAGAAUUGAAAGAGGAAGAGCCUGAAGAACCUGAAGCAGAACAUCCAGGAGAGGCGGCUUUAGGUAUACCCGCCACAUUUAGACAAGUUUCUACAACUGAAUACUUGCCUGGAAUGAUCCAUUCGGAAUCUGUACCUGGAUUACUACCUAAGUUUCCAUCUUGGGCUGUGUGUUGUAUAGGCAAAGCUAGCUUGUAUAACCACAAUACUGGCUUAGAUUACCCAGGAUUCCUUCAUGGGAGUCACUUUCUGUUGCCAUGGGACAUUACUGUAAAAGCAGAGAAAGACAAAUGGCCAUCUGUUGGAGAAACUGCUUCAAGGAAAGGAAAGCAAAAGAAAAGCUCUAAAGAUACAGCUGAAGUAAACCUUAGAAUAUAUUUAGGAAAUGAAUAUGAAUGUCCAAGGGGACACAGAUUUUUCUGUAGUGGACCUGAGAAAAUCAUCAAGGUCUCUAGUACCAGCUCUGUCAAGGAUAAUGCCAAUAAACUAGUCAACUUAGAUAUGCCUCUCUAUUGUGCUUGUCCUCAUUGUAGAGCAUCUAAAGGAUUCCUUGGCCAGUUAAUGAGACUGUAUGUAGUAACACCAGAGGGACCAGUUAGGAUAACAGUUAACCCUAUUAUACAACCUGCACCAUCGCCAUGUCCACUGUUUAACCUUGGCACAACUGAUGUUGUAGAAUUAAGUGCUAGUGCAUUGUGGGUUAUUAGAUUACCACAUAUAUAUCUAGGAGACCAAGGAGCUUACCUGAUGCCGACAGAAUCUCAACACUUGUCACAAUGUAGGAUGAUGAAGGGAGUGUUCGGAUAUAAAGACGUCACACAAGAACCAUAACAUAUAAUGCAGCAUAAAUUGAAAUGAACAACUUUACCUUCUUUUUGAACAGACAAAUGAUUGACACACUAAGAAGAUCCUGAAUAUAACUCAAAAGACCAUAUAAUAAGGCCUAGAAUAGAAAAAAAAGUGGCUUUGUUGUUAAAGAAAAUAAUUGAUAAAUGUUAUACAUGUA